UCCUGUUAGAUGUUUGAAAAGUAUGUCAUAUCCAACGGCUCCUAUUAGAUGGUUGAAAAGUAUUUUAUAUCCAAUGUGUGUUCCAUUAGACUGACAAUACAGAGUCGUGUUGGAUUUUGAUACAAACAAGUGUUUUUUGCUCUAUUUCUCUUGAUCAACAACCUUCUUCCAUUCCUUUGUUCCAAAUAUUUUGUGCUGCCUUCAAAUUAUACCUGAAACUAGUUUCUACUCUUUUUCCUUUGGAAGAUCCCUCACUCACUUUGUUCAGAAGAACAUAUUACCAUCUUGCAAGAAGCUCUACGCCUACGGCUUGUGCAUCACGCUCAGAUCCGAGAUCCUUUGUUUGUGGACAGCAUCAUGGCAGCGACGGUUGCUGGUGCAUUUAUUUCGUCUUUUGUUGAAAUGAUUCUCGAGAGGUUGGCUUCAGGUGAUUUCCGGGACAACUUCAGUAGAUACAAACUUGACGUUGGCCUGGCAGACAAACUUGGCAUUACACUUAAUUCUAUAAAUCAAGUGCUGGAAGAAGCAGAACAAAUGCAGUACAAAAGCACAUAUGUAAAGAAGUGGCUUGAUGAUCUUAAACAUGCUGUAUAUGAGGCAGACCAAAUUUUCGAUGAGAUUGCUACUGACGCACAACUGAAUAAGCUGAAAGAUGAAUCUGAACCUGUUACCAACACAACAUUUGAAUCUAGGAUCAAAGAAUUGAUAGAGAUGCUAGAACUUCUUGUGAAUCAAAAGCUAAUGUUGGGAUUGAAAGAAAGUCUUUGUGCUAGUAAUGAAGGUGUCAUCAGCUGGAAAUCCUCAAAAGAACUGCCGACUUCAUCUCUGGGGAACAAAUCGGACCUAUGUGGUAGAGAUGUUGAGGAAGAGGAAAUCAUAAAGUUUUUACUUUCAGAUAAUGACGGUAGCAACCGGACACCCGUAAUCACCAUAGUGGGUUCUGGUGGGAUGGGUAAGACCACCCUUGCUGAGCUUGUGUAUAACGACGAUAGAAUUAAAGAGCAUUUUGAACAUAAAGCUUGGGUCUAUGUUUCAGAAUUUUUUGAUGCUGUUCGAAUUACCAAAGAAAUAAUUAGUAGGUUAGGUUAUUCUUUAGCAAAAGGAGAGGACUUGAAUCUACUCCAACAACAGCUGCAUCAAAGAAUAACAGGCACGAGAUAUUUGCUUGUUAUAGAGGACGUUCAGAAUGGCAGUGGGGAAUGUUGGGAACAGUUACUACUUCCCUUUAAUCAUGGAUCUUUUGGAAGUAAGAUUAUUGUGACCACACGUGACAAAGAGGUAGCAGCAGUAAUGAAAUCCUCCCAAAUAGUUCAUUUGAAGCAAUUGGAGGAAAGCGAUGGUUGGAAUUUAUUUGUGAGACAUGCUUUUCACGGAAAAAAUGCAAGUGAAUAUCCAAAUCUUGAAUCAAUUGGGAAGAAAAUUGUAAACAAGUGUGGAGGGCCGCCUUUAGCUCUGAAAUCAUUAGGGAAUCUCUUGCGAAUGAAAUUUUCUCCUGGUGAAUGGACCAAGAUAUUGGAUGCAGAUAUGUUGCCUUUAACGGAUGAGGACAACAACCUUAACAUUUACCUGAUAUUGGGAUUGAUUUACCAUAACUUUCCUUCCAGUGUGAAGCGAUGUUUUGCUUAUUUUUCCAUAUUUCCCAAAGCCAAUUGCUUAUUCAAGGAUCAAUUAAUCAAGCUUUGGAUGGCAGAUGGGUUGCUGAAAUGUUUUAGAGCAGAAAAGAGUGAAAAAGAGUUGGGUGAUGAAUUUUUUGAUUAUCUUGAGUCAAUUUCGUUUAUACAACAAUCAUUAUAUCCAGGGCUUGAUAACAAGCACCGGUUUUUCAUGCAUGAUCUUGUCAUUGAUUUAGCAAGAUCAGUGUCAGGAGAAUUUUCUUUACGAAUAGAGGGUGAUAGGGUGCAAGAUAUCCCUGAAAGAGCACGCCAUAUUUGGUGCUCUCUUGAUUGGAAAUAUGGUUAUAGAAAAUUAGAGAAUAUUUGUAAGAUUAAGGGAUUACGCAGUUUGAAGGUAGAAGAACAAGGCUAUGAUGAGCAAUGCUUCAAGAUAUGCAAGAAUGUGCAAAUUGAACUGUUUUCAAGUCUAAAAUAUUUGCGUAUGUUAACAUUCUAUGGUUGUAAUAAUCUCUCCGAGCUAGCUGACGAGAUAAGCAACUUAAAGCUUCUGUGUUAUCUAGACCUUUCUUACACUGGAAUUACAAGCCUACCUGAUUCCAUUUGUGUGUUGUAUAAUUUGCAGACACUCUUAUUGCUAGGAUGUAGAUUGACUGAGCUCCCUUCAAAUUUUUACAAACUUGUCAAUUUACGUCAUCUUAAUCUAGAAAGCACUCUUAUCUCAAAGAUGCCAGAGCAAAUACAAAGGCUAACCCAUCUUGAGACGUUGACAAAUUUUGUUGUGGGAGAGCAUAGUGGGUCUAAUAUUAAGGAGUUGGAAAAACUCAACCAUCUUCGAGGAACACUUUGUAUUUCACAGUUGGAAAAUGUCACUGAUCGUGCAGAUGCUGUGGAAGCAAAUUUGAAAAAUAAGAGACAUUUGGAAGUAUUGCAUAUGAGGUAUGGUUACAGAAGAACAACUGAUGGCUCAAUAGUUGAGAGGGAUGUCUUGGAGGUUCUCGAACCAAAUAGCAACCUCAAUAGUCUCAUCAUCGAGGACUACAGAGGCACUGGCUUUCCACAUUGGCUUGGGGACUGUUAUUUACUCAAUUUAGUAUCCCUUGAACUGAAUAGAUGUGGAUUUUGUUUCCAGUUUCCACCACUUGGGCAGCUUCCCUCUCUUAAGGAGCUUUCUAUUUCAGAAUGUGAUGGAAUAGAGAUUAUCGGUGAAGAGUUUUAUGGCUAUAAUUCAUCAACUGUUCCAUUCGCUUCCCUUGAAAAUUUGAAAUUUGAUAACAUGUACGGUUGGAAUGAAUGGUUAUGUACUAAAGGCUUCCCUUCUCUUACAUUUCUUUUAAUAACAGAAUGUCCAAAAUUGAAAAGAGCACUGCCUCAACAUCUUCCUUGUUUAGAAAGAUUGGUGAUUUACGAUUGUCCAGAGUUGGAGGCUUCAAUUCCUGCCAAUAUAAGACAGCUAGAGCUACACGGAUGUGUAAACGUUUUCAUAAAUGAAUUGCCAACCAACUUGAAAAAGGCUUACCUUGGAGGAACUCGUGUCAUUGAGUCCUCUCUAGAACAAAUUUUGUUCAACAGUUCCUCUCUUGAACAGUUGAAUGUUGGUGACUACGAUGGUGAAAAUCUUGAAUGGCCCUCUUUUGAUUUGCGAAGUUGUAAUUCACUUUGCACUCUGUCUAUAUCCGGAUGGUGUUCCUCAUCCUUGCCUUUUGCACUUAACUUGUCCACCAAUCUUCAUUCUCUAGAUUUGUAUGAUUGCCGACAGCUCAAAUCGUUUCCACAAAGAGGUUUACCGUCCCGCCUGAGUAGCCUCCGAAUAAACAAAUGCCCUGAACUGAUUGCAUCAAGAAAGGAGUGGGGUUUGUUCGAACUAAAUUCUCUGAAAGAGUUCAGAGUUAGUGAUGACUUUGAAAGCAUGGACUCCUUCCCGGAGGAGAAUCUACUGCCCCCAACUCUUAACACUAUUCAUUUGGAAAAUUGUUCAAAGCUAAGAAUAAUCAACUACAAGGGUCUUCUUCAUCUCAAAUCUGUCAGACUCCUACGCAUUGAAUAUUGUCCUUGUCUUGAGCGAUUGCCAGAGGAGGGUCUUCCGAGCUCCCUUUCUACUUUGUACAUUCGUGAAUGUCGAAUAGUUAAGCAGAGGUACCAAAAGGAGGAAGGAGAGAGUUGGAAUACAAUUUGUCACAUCCCUGAUGUAUUUAUUUAUUGAUUGGCGGAUUAAAGGAGACGUACAAUAGCCAGGUGCACCACAUUCACCCACGGCAUGUUAUAUCAAACAUUUCCAAUUUUUUGUUUAUUGAAAUGUGGAUCAUUUUCUUAAUCAUUUCGUAUAAUCAUAAAUAAAAUGAAACAAUGAUAUU